AGACCAAUUACAGACGCAUCCUCACUCACACACUGAACACAAACGCACACACACACACACACACAUAUUAACUAGUGUGCAGUGUGUUCACGACCAAGAUCUGCAGUCCGGAGACUUUCAGCAUCUACGCGGUAACACAAUGUCUGGAGCUAAUAGUGACCAGCUACACCAGUCCACUCUAAGCAUCUAUUCACACCUGAUGGAACAGUUUAACCCCGGCCUGCUACAGCUGGUCACUUUAGGUAACAGCUACGUCAAAGCUUUUCAAGCAUUGGCGUUGACAAGUGAGGCCUACUUUGGUGCACUGGCGAAGAUGGGAGAGCAGGCUCUCCACACACUCUCAUCCCGCUCACUUGGUGAUGUGUUGAUCCAGAUCUCAGAGACCCAGAGGAAACUUACUGCAGAAGUGGAAGGAGUGUUCCGCUGGUUCCACGUGGAGGUGUUGCAGGCCCUGGAUAAGAACGUCAGGCUCGAUGAGGAGUACAUAGGCGGCAGCAGGAGAGUGUAUGAGCUGGAGGUUAGAAACCAGGCAGCGGCUCUGGAAAGGCAGCUGAGACGAGGAGCAUACAGAGACUCUCUGGAGGGCAGUGAGUACAUGCAGUAUUUGAGGCAGAGCCAGCAUGAGAUCCUGAGAGAAGAGGAGAGGAGAUAUCGCUUUCUCACAGAGAAACACUGCGGAUUAGCACAGUCUCUGCUCUUCCUCCUCAACAAGACAGGGGCGUCUCUGCAGCAGAAAGCUGAGGGAUGGAAGGAACGAGUGAACGAGAGUCAGAGCUCCAGGUCACGCACUCCCACGCCGUUAGAACAGGACACACACUUGAGGGCCGCAGUGACUUCUCUGCUCCAGCCCGGAGACAGGGACGAGGGCUGGCAUGGGCAGGACCACCAGUUGGGCAGAGUGCCUUCUAGAGCCCCGUCUCCCCUGCAGACGCGCUCUCGUUCCGGCUCAGUGAGCGAGUCCCCGGGCGUCAGCGGAGGUCAGUCAGUCAGAGCGCUCGUCUCUCACCCUGCCUCCUCAAACCCGGUGCUGCUUCCAUUCUCUCGGGGCGACACUCUCACGCUGCUCGUACCUGAGCCACGCAACGGCUGGAUGUACGGUCGCCAUGACGCCAACCUACGCCAGGGCUGGUUCCCUGCGUCGUACGUUGCUCCUGUGGAAGAUCUCUCAUGCUUGAUUUCGAGCGGUGCGUCCCCCCGAAACCACGGUAUGAACAACCUCCUAGAACCGUCAAACCAAUCAGAAUCUGUCGAUAGCAGAAACUACGCCGAGGUCCCGCCCCUUACCAGAGGCUCCAACGACCUUCGUGCCGUCUCCCCGCUUCUUGACAGAAAGGCGGAGUCUGCGUAUGAGGCGAAGGCGAGUCAGAGCUACAGCGAGAUCCCGCCCCCGGCGCCGCCCAUUCGAAGAGCGUCGGGGGAUUUUCGGCCGGUCUCACCGCUCCUCGACAGGAGGGCGGAGUCUCACUUUGAGAGCAUGACUGGUUACUCCGUUCCUGAGAGAAAGGCGGAGCCAAACGUCGAGAGGCCGAACCCUCACAGGCAGCUGCCAGAGCAUCCUCUCUUUCCCAGGGGAUCGAAUCCUUUUGCCACGGUGAAGCUCCGCCCCACGGUGACCAAUGACAGAUCAGCACCGAGAAUCCACUGACCAAUAGCGGCAGGCGAAACCGGUCACUCUGAUUGGCUCCGAGAUUUUACCACAACAUGAUCUGCUUCGGAACAACAGAAAAUUUGAGCAUUUAACAUGAGACGAGCCAGAAAAGUACAUUUGGGAUUGUUCUUCCAGUUUUAUUUCUUAAAAGGUGCCGUAAUUCCCUAAAUUCCACGCAAACACCUAAAAUCCUAAAUAAGCCUGUCCAACUUGACACCAGAAAUUCGGCAGCAUUCAUUUCGUAUUUUUCUCUUGUACGUUUGCACAUAGUUAGCACAGUAGGUUAUCUGUUUGCUUGUUAACUAGCAUUCCUUCGCUAAAUUAACUUCGCUAGAUUAGCUUUUUAUUUAAUGGGUUAGCUUGUAGCUGGGCAGCUUUUGCUAGCUCGAUUGCAUUUCAUUUGAGAUUACAUUUUCAAAUGCUAGGUUAGUCUUAAAUUGCUAGGUUAGCAGUUGCUAGCUGGAUUAUGUUUCAUUUGCUAAAUUAGGUUUGUCUUCCAAGAUUAGCUUGUACUUACUAAGUUUGCUUUUGUUUGCUGCUGGGUUAGCCCUUACUCUCUAAGGUAGCUGUUGCUAGGUAGAUUAGAUUUAUUUUGCUAUAUUAUAUUUGUCUUCCAAUAUUAGCUAUUGUUUGCUAGGUUAGCUUUUGCUAACUAUGUUAGCCUAGACUGGCUAGAUUAGCUAUUGCUAGCUAGAUUAUGUUUCGUUUCCUAAAUUAGCUUUAUCUACCAAGAUGAGGUUAGAUUUUGCUCAGAUUUAAAUGCAUAAUUAUGGUAAAAGCUGUGUGGGAGGGAUUAGCAACAUCAGCCUUGUGAUUGGUGGGGAAAAAACAAGAUUAGCCAUGGCAUCUGUACAUUCGAUGAGGAAACGUUUUGGUGAAGUAAAUUUAGACAGCGGAAAGUCACCGCUUUUUCAGGGUUUGUGACAAAGGAGUCACCGGGUUUCGCCUUUGUCAGACUUUAAUGUCUGUUUUGUUUAGUCACUGACUCGGUUAUGAGUGUGUGUUUUGUCUGAUCUCACCUCUACAUGUGUUUAGUUAAGAGUGUUAUGUGUUUAUACUGUGAUGUAAUGUAGAUUAUGUGCUGAGUGUUCUCCUCUGAACAUAUUGAAGCACUGCCAUUCCAAAACACUCACUUUGGAGAGUGUGUGUGUAGGUGGGUCUUCACUUUCACGCUGCAAGAGUUAUUAAUCUCAUAAGAUAAAUACAUCACCACAUGAAAAUGUACUCUAUUAUUAUAUGCCUAGUGUCCUAGUAUGACUAAAAUAUUAAUAAACAAAUAAUAUAUAAUUGCUAACUUGUGUUAAACGUUACAUUUGAUUUUAUUUUUUUUUUUUUGUCAACAUUCUCUUUAUCCCAAAUCAGCUGAUAUCCAAAUUUUGUACUGGAGCUACGAGACUAAUCAGAAGUACUGGAAGUUUCCUCAUAGCCUCAUAACAGGUAGCCCCGCCUCCAAAAGGUAGGCCACACCUCCUACCUGAGUCUGACGCAGAAUCUAGGUCAAAACACAUCAACAUUAAGCGGUGACAGUCAGGAUUGCUCGACCCUACAGCACAGUAAAACAUGCUUGCUAGGCUAAUUCUUGCUUGCUAAUGAGCUUUUCCCACUAAGUUAGCUUCACUCACUUGCUAGUUUGAUUUUUGCACUCCGUAAAUUACCUUAAUCCCUAGAUUAGCCACAACUUGCUAGGCUAGCUGAUGUUAGAUAGGUUAUGUUUCGUUUAGUUUAAAUUAGCUUUUUGUCUGCCAAGUUUAGCUUUUACUUGCUAUGUUCACUUUUUGUCACUAGAAUAGCCAUGACUUGCUAGGUUACCUGUCAAGUACUAAAAUAUCUUAUAAAUAUCACUUCUAACAUACAGCUCCGCCUCCAAUGUUUAGGCCACGCCUCCAGGCCUGAGUCUGAUGCUGGUAUGGAAUUGUAGUUUGCAUUUAUCUAAAUUGGUAUUUACACCAAGCAGAGAGCUAAAGAAGCAAAUUUUCGACACCAAACAUCUUUGCAGAAUGAAGUGGUAAAAGCGACACGUUUCUUUUCUGGAACUUUUACGCAAAAUAUGAAAAAAAAAAAAACGAGUCCACAUGCUUUGUGUUCAAGGCAAGACUUCACUUUAUUUCUCUCUUGAUUUUUUUCAUUUUUCUCUCUUUCUUCACAGCUCGUCGUCACGCUUUGUCAUCGUUGAUUUUUUUUGCGCAUCGUCGUUUUACCGGCUCUAUCCGAGGGAGCAAGGGAGAGGACGGGGCGGGGUGGGUGAGAAACGGAGAAAAGGAGAGUAAGAACAGAACGGAGGAGAAAGAGAGAUGGAAAGGGAGGUGUGAAAAACAGAAAGCAGGAUUCCCGGCAGGUGAUGUGGGUGUUUUCUGUAUAAAAAAAGAUGUAAAUAAAUA